UUCUGCGACCUCCACCGCAGCCUCGGAGGCUGCCCGCAGAGAGCGUCAGGAUGGCCGAGGAAAAGAGUGACAAAGCAGUGCUGGAAGAAACUGCAUUUGAAGAAAUCGAAAGGGAUUUUCACGAGGUUCUCAAUGAACUUAUAGGAGACAAAAGUCUGGAGAAAUUUAGGCUUGAAUAUGAGAAGCUUCAUGCUGUGAUGAAAAAGUCUUAUGAAAAUGAAAAGCGUCUGAUGGCCAAAUGCAGAGAACUAAAUGCAGAGAUUGUGGUUAAUUCCGCGAAGGUCGCCACUGCCCUGAAGCUCUCUCAGGAUGACCAGACCACCAUCGCAUCCUUGAAAAAGGAAAUUGAAAAGGCCUGGAAGAUGGUGGACGCAGCCUAUGAUAAAGAGCAGAAGGCGAAGGAGACGAUUCUUGCUCUGAAAGAGGAAAUCGUGAACUUAACCAAACUAGUCGAGCAAGGGUCUGGCCUGACAAUGGACCAGGAUAGCAAUAUCCGAGAUUUACUGAAGUUCAAAGAAGAAGUGACCAAGGAGCGAGACCAGCUCUUGUCCGAAGUGGUGAAAUUACGAGAGUCCUUAGCAAACAUCACUGAACAUCAGCAGGAAGCAGAGCGAAGCCGAGACGAGGCAGAGCACACCAUCAAUCAGUUCCAACAAGAAAUCCAGCAACGUCAGAAUGAAGCUUUGCGGGAGACUCGAAAGAAGGAAAAACUAGAGAAAGAGCUCAAGCAGAUUCAGACGGACAUGGACACCAGGCAGACGGAGAUCAAGGCCCUGCAGCAGUAUGUGCAGAAGAGCAAGGAGGAGCUGCAGAGGCUGGAGCAGCAGCUGAAGGAGCAGAAGAUAUUGAACGAGAGAGCUGCAAAGGAACUGGAGCAGUUUCAGAUGAGAAACGCUAAACUUCAGCAAGAGAAUGAACAACACAUUUUGGUUUGCGAACAGCUAUCCCAGGAAAACCAGCAGAAGGCAUUGGAGCUCAAAGCCAAAGAGGAAGAAAUUCAUCAGAUGCGCACUGACAUUGGGAAGCUCAACAAAGUCAGGGAGCAAAUCCAUAAGAAACUACACCAGAUUGAAGACCAAAAGGCAGAAGUAGAACAGCACAAGGACACUCUGAAAAAUCAAAUCUUGGGAUUAGAGAGAGAGGUGGAGGUGUCAAAGAAACAAGCAGAAUUUGAUAAGAAAGCCAUGGAUGAGCUUCUGAGAGAAAGGGACAUGUUAAAUAAGAAUAUGCUCAAGGCAAUCCACGCGACCCAGAAACAGGUAGACCUGGUGAAGCUCCAUGAACAAGCCAAAAGGAACUUGGAGGAGGAAAUCCAGAACUACAAAGAUGAGGCUCAGAAGCAGAGAAAGAUCAUCUUUCAACUGGAAAAGGACAGGGAUCGGUACAUCAACGAAGCCAGUGACCUCACCCAAAAGGUCCUCAUGAACAUGGAAGACAUAAAAGUCCGCGAAAUGCAGAUUUUUGACUACAAAAAGAAAAUCGCUGAAUCAGAGACUAAAUUAAAACAGCAACAGAACCUGUAUGAAGCUGUGAGGUCAGACAGGAAUCUGUACAGCAAAAAUCUGGUGGAAGCUCAGGAUGAAAUAACGGAAAUGAAGAAAAAAUUAAAGAUUAUGACCCAUCAGGUAGAUCAGCUGAAGGAGGAAAUCUCUUCCAAAGAGUCAGCGCUUGUGAAGCUACAUCUGGAACAGCAACGCAUAGAGAAGGAGAAGGAAACAUUGAAGGCCGAGCUGCAGAAGCUGAGACAACAAGCCCUGGAGACCAAACACUUCAUUGAAAAACAGGAAGCUGAAGAGAGAAAACUCUUGCGCAUUAUUGCCGAGGCUGAUGGGGAGAGGCUGAGACAGAAGAAGGAAUUAGACCAGGUCAUCGGCGAGAGAGAUAUCCUCGGGUCACAGCUUGUUCGUCGCAACGAUGAGUUGGCUCUGCUCUAUGAGAAGAUCAAGAUCCAACAGUCCGUGCUGAAUAAAGGAGAGACCCAGUACAACCAGAGGCUGGAGGACAUGAGGAUCCUCAAGCUUGAGAUCAAGAAGCUUCGCCGGGAAAAGGGGAUUCUUGCCAGGAGUGUGGCUAAUGUCGAGGAACUCAGGCAGGAGCUGUUUCACAUGCAGAGAGAGUUCAUGAAGGAGCGGACACGCUGCCGGGCGCUGGAGGAGGAGCUGGAGAACCCCAUGAACGUGCACAGGUGGAGGAAGCUCGAGGCCAGUGACCCCACUACCUAUGAGCUGAUAGAGAAAAUUCACACUCUGCAGAAGCGUCUCAUCAGCAAGACCGAAGAGGUGGUGGAGAAAGAGCUGCUCCUUCAGGAAAAGGAGAGACUGUAUGUGGAACUAAAGCACAUCCUGGCCAGGCAGCCCGGGCCCGAGGCCGCGGAGCAGCUGCAGAUCUACCGCCAGACGCUGCGGGAGAAGACCAAGCAGCUGAAAGUUUUGUCUUCAGAAUUGAAUAUGUAUGAAUCCCAGAGCGAAGAGUAUAAGUAUGAGCUGGGAAAACUUAGCAAUGAACUGAUGAAUCUAAAGAAGAAAUACCUUGCUCAGAAACGCAAAGAGUACGUUCAGAAACAAAAGGACAAAUCCAUGGAUAUCACCAUCGCACUGGGCAAACCAACUGGCCCUCGUUUUACUGGGGGUGGAUUUCCACUCAGCAAGUCACCCCAAGUGAAGUCCUAACCCGAAGCUGCUGGCUGGGUCCAGUUGAACAGCUCAUGACAUUUGCUCUGGAACCUUUUGGAGAAGUCUCUUUCAAACCCCUUAGGAAUUUACAGAAAUCAGUGCUUAGAUUACAGGCUGGAAAGAAAAUGCACAACUAUCAUAGUCAUGUACAUAUAAGAGUGAUGAAAUUCUACUCGGUUCACGUGGCUAGUAACAGCGUGGAAUUAUCUCUCUUCAGUUAGGCUGACCCAUGGCAUGAAGCAGGUCUUUUGUUACGACCACGUUUGUUGGAUGAUUUGAAAUGCAUCACAUCUAGACACUCCUUAAGCACAAAGUCGUGGGUCUUUAUUUCUCUGUUAUGAGACAUUGGUGCAUUUGAAGGGGUGUUAUAUUUUAAAAACAUUUCUGAAAUGCAGUGCAUUCUUAUUAUUAAGAAUCUAUUUUAAUUAUUCAUACUUACAAUUAAAUAAUGUUAAUCAUUUUUCAGAAUGAUUUCUUUGUGGA